AUGGUGAAGAACUACCCGACUGUGAGUGAGGAGUACCUCCAGGCUGUUGACAAGGCCAGGAAGAAGCUCAGAGGUCUCAUCGCUGAGAAGAACUGUGCUCCUCUCAUGCUCCGUCUUGCAUGGCACUCGGCUGGUACCUAUGACAAGCUUAGCAAGACUGGAGGCCCUUUCGGCACAAUGAGGCUUGAGGCUGAGCUGGGGCAUGGUGCCAACAACGGCCUUGACAUAGCUGUUAGGCUCCUGCAGCCAAUCAAGGAUCAAUUCCCCAUCCUCUCUUAUGCUGACUUCUAUCAGUUGGCUGGAGUUGUAGCAGUUGAAGUGACUGGAGGACCUGAAAUUCCAUUCCACCCAGGCAGGAAGGAUGAGCUGGAGGCACCAGUUGAAGGCCGCCUGCCAGAUGCUACUCAGGGAUGUGACCACCUCAGGGAUGUUUUCAUCAAACAAAUGGGUCUAACCGACAAGGACAUUGUUGCAUUGUCCGGUGGCCACACUCUGGGAAGGGCCCAUAAGGAACGCUCUGGAUUUGAGGGACCGUGGACUUCAAACCCUCUCAUCUUUGACAACUCUUACUUCAAGGAGCUUCUGGAAGGAGACAAAGAUGGACUCUUGAAGUUGCCGUCUGAUAAGGCUCUUCUUUUUGACCCUUCGUUCCGCCCACUCGUGGAGCUAUAUGCUAAGGAUGAGGAUGCUUUUUUUGCUGAUUAUGCCGAGUCCCACUUGAAGCUCUCUGAGUUGGGAUUUGCUGAGGCAUAA